AAAAAGAUCUGUUGUUGUUUUCAAAAUUAAUGAUGAACAUGGGUCUACCAUCCUCAUUAUUUUCGCUGAUCCUCCUCUUAUUAACGGUUUCCAUUGCUAAAGCUGCUAUUGGGCCCGUUUAUGUUGAUCCAAAUGCCCCGAAAGAUGUUCCGUUGGUAAAGCCGACUGCCGUACAAGCGCAAGUUGAUUUGAUCACACAAACUGUCUAUGGAUUCUUGGAUUUCACGACGACAAUUGGGAAUACCGUUAUGGUUUUCUCGCCUCAGAGUGCAGCAGCAGUAACAGAGCCACCAAAGACGGAAAAACCCGAAACUCCCGCAAUUGAAACACGUCCAACGACAGAAACACCUCCAACUACAUCUGCGACAAUCAAACCCAGCAAAACUGUCGUCCCAAAGAAGGAAACUUCCGAAAAGAAACCUGCUGUCGUUGUCUCAAGCGUCGUUCAAGUCGUCGAGGAGAAACAACCAAUUGUCAAGGCAAAACCCGCAAAGGCUGCUAAACACGCUUCCAGCAAAGUCGAGAUUUUAGAGGAGAAAAAACACACCGUUUUGGCUAAAAAAGAAAUUAUCACAAAAGUUGAAGUUCGCGAAGACAAACCGUCAGUUGUGAGUCCCGUAAUCGCUUCAACGCAAGCAAAAACCGUUCAACCAUCAAUCACUGUUGUAACGCACGUCGAAGAACCCAAACCCGUUGUCAUCUCGAGCGUUGUUGAAGUGCAUUCCAGUUCCGAUAACGACGAAGAAGAGGACGACGAUGACGUUCAACCCGUUUUAGCGAUCGAAAACAACAUUGGCGAGCCCGAGUACGAUUUCUUGUCACGCCAAUCGGAAUAUGCCGAAGAAUCCUUCAAAGUUCGUGAUAAUGUCCCGACUCAGCCACGUCGCAAGCAACCAACAGCCAAACGGGUGUCAGCGCAGCAACAAAAUAAUCACCCCACGGGCUUGGUGACGAAAUUGGGAGGCACAGUUGUGAAUGACGGAGUAACUACGGUGCACGAAACGAGCGUUAUUGGCACCUCGAUCAACGGGAAAUAUGCGCAAGUGUUGCAAAGUACGUCGCAUAUCCUCGUGAAUAACGCAAAAGUUAAGCCAACACCUUCUUCGUCCUUGAGAAUUUUGAAAACGGCUGCUCCAACAUUAAGUAAGACGCCAAAAUACUCUGACGAUGGCUCUGAUGACCCCGUGGAGGCUUAUGGCAAUAACGGCAGUCCAAAUUUGGUAAGAGCUUCACGUCGUCCCGCUCAGGCCUCAGGUAGUUUCAAGAAUCGCUACAAGAAUAACAGUCCCAAGGAAGAAGUUGAAGUCGUCCAACCCUCGUCGCCAAAUACGCCCGCCUACGGAAAUGGCAGCAAGAAGAAUCGCCCACGCAACGGCUUGAACAAAGGCAAAAACUUCAAAAGUAACGUUCGUGUUGAGGUGGCAACAGUUUCCGCUGAAACUGCCGCAACUCACGCUCCAUACUCAAGUCGCCGUAAUAAGGCCACAAGACAAGGCAAUUUUAAACCCACAUCUACUUAUAGCAGUCAGCAAAGUGCCACGGAGUCCCAUUCGUCGUCGUCAUCGGGAGGACGUCGUUCCUACAAGAAGCCACAUCCAUCGCCCGUGGAACAAGAUUCCCACUCGACGUCGUUGUACAAGUUCAAGUUGAAUCGCGCACCCGGCAGAUGGCAGUACAAGACGACAGCGAAGCCACGUGUCACAAUCCGCAAGCAGAACGAACUUGUACGUGAUGAAGCUGCCGAGACGAGAGAGGCGCAGGAGAAAAAGGAGCCCGUUUAUGAAGUCGUUUCGCGUUCAGAUGAGGGAGAUUUGGAACAACAAGGAAGCUUGAUCAACGGAGAUGUGCUUGGAGAAGCUGGAGACGACAAUAGAAUUGACCGGAAAUUCCCGAUUGAAACAAUUAAUGUGGAAAUUUCGACGCCAGCUGACUUUAAAGAGACUUACUUUGAAAUUGCAACAAUUAAAUCGCCUUACACUUUCCAGGUUGGCACACUCAAAAACACGCGCUACAUUACUGUCACAUCCACAUUCGAGAAAACACUCGAACCCGAGCCGACAAUUUCGGCCACUUUAACGGAACCACUUACGGAAAACAUUCUCGCCAAGACGUCACACAUCGACAAAGAACAUAAUUUAUUGGAUUCGAGCAUCGCCACAUUGCCGGCCAUCACAUUAGGCGCAGACACGGAAACACCGCCAUUAGAAACACUCACGGAGACAUUUAGCACGACGCAAUUGAUGCUCAAGACGCACAUUUUGCCCGUAAUUCGUGGCGAAAACACCACGAGCCACACGCUUAUCCAAACGUAUCAUGUCACGCGACUUGUGACCGCCACGAAAACCUUGCCGCCAAUGGAAGUUUAUCAAUUCGUGCCGUCGAAGCGUUUGAACGAGUUCAAUAGUCGUUUGGACGAAGCCGGUUCCGAAUUGCAUCUGGAACUCGAAUACGGGGAAAGUGAUGAUGAUGACGAUGAAGAUGCCGCUGCCGUUCGCAAAGAAUUCCCCUCAGAUUUGGACUUGUCGAAUGUGGGUAGUGACUUUGACUUGUCCGAAGUUGACAAAACGAACAUUCCCGAUAACGUUCGUCCGAAAAAGAAGAUUUCGAGUAACAAUCAAAAUAAUCGCGUAACCACAGAAGCACCACUUUCCACGCCAAAUCUCACGCAAGAGCAAUUACAACAAUUGGCACUGUUGCGGUUACUUAAUCCAGCGGCAGCUGCCCAAAUUCCCAACGUCAUAACGACAUCGAAGCCCGUCAUUAAGAUCGAAACUGUCUACGAUACGCACGUUUUGCCGAUUGUCAAUGGAGCCAACACCAUUUUCAGCACUCUUUCGCGUCCCAUCGGCACUGUCACGAAAACGGACUACGAAAUGGUGACAUCUUCCUUGCCAGCCUUGCCAGCAAUUCCCCCAAUUCCGCAAGUUAAUCCGGCAUUGUUCCCGCAACAGGCACAACAACAAUUCCAGUUGCAAUCGACGCCAAUUAUCACGCAAUUGAUGCUCACCCAGACCAACAGCAAAGUGUUGAAAUUGACGUUUGGCGCGAAAACGGCUUACACCACGCUGUUCUCCACGACUGUCGUGCCAACGCAACUCACCACGUAUUUGACGCAAUCCGUGGCUGUACAGCCGACCGCUGCAUUCCCGGGCUAUUUUCCGGCACCGUAUGCACCAUUUCCUUACGUAGGCUAA